AUGCCUCCACACGACUUAGGAGGUUCUUCAGGAGGAAAUAUUCCAUCUACUGGUGCACCGCAUGAGCCGAAACACCCGAUAUACAACAUAGUGCCUACUGAUCCUGAUCACUGGCCACAAGCUAAAGAUGGCAAUCCGAACCCUCUGGCUCCCGAGGUGCGAGCUGCAGUGGGGGCUCUUCAAAGGGUCGGUGCGAGCUUGGGAUGGCCCGACGACCGAGGCAAUCCGCCAACCGACGUCUUGGACUGCCUUCAAAACGCAUUCAGCUUCCAAUCUGGUAACGUCAUUAACCAGAGGGAGCAUCUGGUGCUCCUGCUAGCCAACAAUCAGAUGCGAAUUCGACCGCUGGAUCCUCGUGAAGCGGAGCCUCUGCUUGACCCGAACGUUAUUACCCUAGUGUGCGACCAGCUGUUGAGCAACUACAAGUCCUGGUGCACAUACGUGGGCAAGAAAACCAGCCUCAUUGACGACGCGGCUCUGGUUGGACACAAGAGGACUUCCCCCCCUACAGGCACCACCGAUAUAGUCUACUGCUCCCUCUUCCUGCUCAUAUGGGGCGAGGCAGCUAACGUUCGCUUCCUCCCAGAGUGCCUCUGCUACAUCUUCCACCAUCUCGCAACAGAGACCAACGAGCUGAUGACUCAGUCCGCCAGGACCCUCUCUCGCGACCGCAGCAUUCCCAGCCAGCCAUACGGGUUCCUCAACACCAUCAUUCAGCCACUCUACAAUGCGAUCAAAGGAGAAGCGGACAGCAAUGUGGGCGGCAAGCUGCCCCACGCCAAGUGGCGCAACUACGACGACUUCAACGAGUUCUUCUGGUCGCCACGUUGCUUCGACCGCCUCUCCUGGCCGCCCAACCAAUCUGCUGUCUUCUUCAUCCCGCCGAACAAGACGGGCCACGAGGGUGGCAAGACGGGCUUUGUGGAGCAGCGCACCAUCCUCAACAUGUUCCGCAGCUUCGACCGCGUCUGGAUUCUCCUCAUCUUCGCCUUCCAGCUGAUGUUUAUCACGGCAUGGAAGGCGGAGGGCAGCAACCCAUUCACGUACCUGGCAGGAGACAGGGAUGCCGUGGCUCUGCUGCUCACCUGCUUCAUCACAUGGGCUGGCAUCGACCUCUUCCUUGCCUUCGCGGAUCUGGUGAUGGAGUGGCGUCUCAUCCGCCCUUCCAACAUGCGCUUCAACGUCCGCCUCCUGCUGCGCCUCCUUGUUGCCAUCGCCUGGUGCAUCGCCUUCACCACUCUCUACCUCAUGAUGUGGAACGCACGCAAGGCAGACACCUACUGGUCGCCCGCGGCCAACACAGCUGUGUUCACGUUCCUCAUAGCAGCGCUGGUCUUCAUGACCCCGCACCUGCUGGGCAUCCUGCUCUUCCUCACACCCGAGCUCAGCCGCCGUGUGGAGGCCUCGAGCUCCUCCUUCAUCCGCAUGCUCGUCACCUGCCUCGAGGAUGACAACUUUGUGGGAAGGGGAAUGCGUGAAGACACAUGGGACUCCAUCAAGUACUCCAUCUUUUGGCUGCUCCUCCUCACUGGAAAGUUUGCCUUCAGCUACUUCCUCCUGAUUCGGCCUAUGGUGGAGCCCACAAAGGCACUGCUCAACACAACCAUCCACUACACAUGGCCGGAGCUUUACAAGUCAGGCAACUAUGUCGCUGUCUUCUGGCUCUGGGCGCCAGUUGGUGUGAUCUACAUAAUGGAUCUUCAGAUAUUCUAUGCCAUUUUCUCAUCGGUUGUGGGCUACAUCAUGGGCGUCUUUGCUCAUAUCGGGGAGGUGAGCCACGUGAAGCUGCUCACGCUGCGCUUCCGCUUCCUGCCGCGUGCCAUGCACCUCAACCUGCUGCCGCCCUCCACCAACGCCCAGCGCCGUGGUGGCAUGCGCAGCGCCAUGGCUCGCAUGUGGAACCGCAUGGUUAUGACCUAUGGGCUCGUCUCCCCUGAUACCUGGGAGACGGACGAGCGGUGGGUGGUGCUGUGGAACAGCGUCAUUGCGAGCUUCAGAGAGGAGGACCUGCUUUCUGACGCCGAGGUUAACCUCCUCUCUAUCCCUGAAGCCUACACCACUGCCACUGUUUCCCGCUGGCCCAUUGUGUUGCUCGCCGAUCAGGUGGUGAAGGCCAUCACCAUCGCCGGCCGAUGGAAAAACAGCUCCUCCUCCCUCUGGCGGCGCCUCUGCUCGUCCGACUUCUGCCGCUGCGCCGUGCUCGAGACCUUCGCCCUCUUCCGCCUUCUCCUCUCCCACCUGCUCAUCGCCGGCACCCCCGAGCACCGCAUGGUUCAGCUACUGCUGGCAGAGAUCGACGGUGCAGCCAGUGGCGCAGCAGGGGAGGCGCACACAGACAGGGACUUUGUGGAUGAUUUCAACCUGGGGAAGCUGCCCGCCGUGCAGGCGAAGCUCGUGGCGCUCACUGCGUUCCUGCUCGGGGGACCGACCGAGGAAGAACUUCCCAAGGCCAUCAUGCUGGUGCAAAAUCUCCACGAGGUGGCAGUGAGGGACUUCUGGAAAGCCAGCAACUACACGCUGCUGCUCUCCAAGGGCGUCAUCCCGCGCUCCACCCCCCCUGCCUCGCCUCUCUACGUGGGCGCCAUCCGCCUCCCCGACCCCUCCGACCCAAACUACUUCGCCCCGCUGCAGCGCCUGCACUCGCUACUCACCUGCCAGAACGCCAUGGCUACCAUUCCCGCGAACCCCGAGGCCAGGAGGAGGGUUACGUUCUUCUGUAACUCACUGUUCAUGGCCAUGCCACCCGCGCCCUCGGUGCAGCGCAUGCGGUCGUUCUGUGUGAUGACGCCGUAUUAUAACGAGUCGGUGAUGUACUCGCCGGAUGAGCUGAGGCGGCCCAACGAGGACGGCAUUUCGCUGCUCUACUACCUCCAAAACAUCUUCCCAGACGAGUGGAAGAACCUUGAGGAGCGGCUGGGGGUGCGGGGCAGGGAGGUAUGGGAGUUUGACGACGGUGCGGAGGUGUGCCGCUGGGCCUCCUACCGUGGACAGACCCUCGCUCGCACCGUGCGGGGCAUCAUGUAUUACCACAGGGCACUGGACCUGCUUUCCUACUUUGACACCGACCCAGACGCCCCUCCCACCCAAGGACGUGAGCUUCAUUCCAAGCCCCUACCCACCGCCGCCCCUCUUGCUGAAGAAAUGUCCGCUGCCGCCGCCGCCGCUGCCGCUGUCGCCUCUGCCUUUGGCGGCAGCGGGAGGAGGCCAGACGCGGGCUGGGACUCCCAGGGUUCGGUGGAACACUUGCGGGAGCAGAUCUCCCAGCAUCUGGGGCAUCAGCGAGAGUACGACCCCCAGUUUUCUCUCGCCGACGUGAAGUUCACGUACGUCGUCGCCUGCCAGAUCUACGGCGAGCACAAGCGCAAGAACGACCCGAAGGCGCAGCACGUGUUGGAGCUCAUGCAGGAGAAUCCCGCGCUCAGAAUCGCGUACGUGGACGAACAGCCGCCCGCACCGGGAUCGGGCGGCGGGACGCGGUACUACUCCGUCCUGGUGAAGUGGGACCAGUGGAAUCAGCGUGAGGUGGAGAUUUUCCGCGUGCAGUUACCCGGCCCGAUCAAGAUUGGGGAGGGCAAGCCGGAGAACCAGAACCACGCCAUCAUCUUCACACGCGGAGAGGCACUGCAGACAAUAGACAUGAACCAGGACAGCUAUCUUGAAGAGGCGUUGAAGAUCCGGAACUUUCUGGAGGAGUUUUCGGAGUCGCGGAGAAGGAUUCUGGGGAUGAGGGAGCAUGUGUUCACGGGGAGUGUGUCGUCGCUGGCGGCGUUCAUGUCGGCGCAGGAGACAGCUUUUGUGACCAUCGGGCAGCGCGUGCUGUAUAACCCCUUGAAGGUGCGCAUGCACUACGGGCAUCCAGACGUGUUUGACCGCGUGUGGUCGCUGGCACGGGGUGGCAUCAGCAAGGCAUCGCGGGUGAUCAACAUCAGUGAGGACAUCUUUGCUGGCUUCAACACCACUCUCAGGCGUGGAGCCAUCUCGCACCACGAAUACAUUCAGGUCGGAAAGGGUCGUGACGUGGGACUCAACCAAAUCUCUUUGUUCGAGGCCAAAGUAGCAAGCGGCAAUGGAGAGCAGCUCCUCUCAAGGGACGUGUACCGGCUGGGCCACGGGCUGGACAUCUUCCGCCUGCUCUCCUUCUACACCACCUCCAUCGGCUUCUUCUUCAGCACCGCGCUCACCGCCAUGGCCGUGUACGCCUUCCUCUGGGGGAGGUGCUAUCUGGUGCUGUCCGGCGUGGAGGAGACGAUUUCCUCCUCGGACGACCAGGCUCUAUCUGCCGCCAUCAACCAACAGUUCCUCGUUCAGAUCGGGCUCUUCACGUCGCUGCCAAUGCUGAUGGAGCUGAUACUGGAAAAGGGCACGGGGGCGGCCAUCUGGGAGUUCCUGCUAAUGCACGUGCAGCUCUGCUUCGCCUUCUUCACCUUCUCCCUCGGCACACGCGCGCACUACUUUCUGCGCACACUCAUGCACGGCGGGGCCAAGUAUCGAGCAACAGGGCGUGGCUUCGUGGUGAAGCACGAGCCCUUCGCGGAGAACUACCGGCUGUACUCGCGCAGCCACUUCAACAAGGCAGUAGAACUCCUGCUCUGCCUCGUCAUAUACAUGCUCUACUCCUCCCUCCGCGCCUCCACCGCCUACUGGCUGCUCUCCCUCUCCUCCUGGAUCCUCGUGCUCUCCUGGCUGGUCGCCCCCUUUGCCUUUAACCCCUUGGGGUUCGACUGGCUCAAGUGCUGCGAUGACUGGGAGGAGUGGACGGCUUGGCUGUGGGCCAAGGGAGGGAAGGGGGUGACGGAGAAGCAGGCGUGGGUGGUGUGGUGGGAUGAGGAGAGGGCGCAUCUGAAGACGACCGGGUGUGGGGGGUGGCUUGUGGAGACGCUGCUGGCUCUGCGGUGGUUCUUCUUCCAGUAUGCUCUUGUGUACAGGUUGGACAUGGCCAAUGCGAGCACGAGCAUCCUGGUCUACGUGUACUCAUGGCUCUUCAUCUUCGCCAUGGGCCUCUUCUGGAUCUCCCUCACGCUCUGCGACCUCUACCUCUCCAUACGCUCCCACCUGCUCCACCGCGUCGUCAAAACCACCAUCUGCCUCGCCUUCCUCGCAGCCUUCAUAACCGCACUCUCCUUCACGAAACUCUCCUUUUCAGACGUUUUCCUGCUUCCGCUAGUCUUCCUCCCCACGGGAUGGGGGUUCCUGCAGCUGACACUUGUGGUGGCUGGGGCGUUUCCGGCGGUUGAGACGUGGUGGACGUGGGGGCUUGUGAGGAGCUUUGCGAGGACUUAUGAGUUUAUUAUUGGGGUGAUUGUGUUUUUGCCCAUGGCGGUGCUGUCGUGGCUUCCGGGAGUUCAAGACAUGCAGACGAAGGUGCUGUUCAACCAAGCGUUCAGCCGAGGGUUACAGAUUACACGGCUUGUUACAGGGGCACAUCCGAAUGCAGACGAGUUCAUGCCGCUGUUGCGGAUUCGCCACAUGGCGAAGAUGGUGUCGAAGCUUCCCGACGACGAUGAUUUCGCCUUUUGCUACGGCAUGCUCAACCGCGUCAGUAGGAGCUUCGCCUUCGUCAUCCAGCAGCUGCACCCGCUGCUGCGCGACCCGGUAUGCAUCUUCUACCUCGUUCUACGCGCGCUUGACACAGUCGAGGACGACAUGGCAGUACCCAUAGACGAGAAGGUCCCCAUCCUCAUCGCCUUCCACCAACACAUCUGCGAUCCCGACUGGAAAUUCGUCUGCGGCAGCAAGGACUACAAGGACCUCAUGCAGCGGCUCUACCACGUGCGCCACGCACUCGAGAAACUCGAGCCCAGGUACAAAGCGGUGAUUCUGGAUAUAACAAAGCGCAUGGGCGCAGGCAUGGCGUCCUUCAUCACUACGGAGGUGGACACAGUGGCCCAGUACGACGAGUACUGCCACUACGUGGCGGGGCUGGUGGGCAUCGGGCUGUCAGACCUCUUUCACGCUGCCAAGUUGGAGGAAGCGUUUGAAGAGUCCCUCUCCAACUCCAUGGGGCUCUUCCUGCAGAAGACCAACAUCAUCCGGGACUAUCUAGAGGACAUCACAGAGGAGCCCGCCCCUCGCAUGUUUUGGCCCAAAGCCAUCUGGGGCAAGUACUCCUCGCGCCUGGAGGAUUUCAAGGACGUGGAGAGCAACGGGGCAGCGGCAGUGAAGUGUGUGAAUGAGCUGGUGACCAACGCACUGGGCCAUGUGUCCGACUGCCUCACUUAUAUGCAUCGCCUCCGAGACCCCCAAGUCUUCCGCUUCUGCGCCAUUCCCCAGAUCAUGGCGAUGGGCACGCUCGCACUGUGCUACAACAACAUUGGCGUCUUCGAGGGCGUCGUCAAGAUGAGACGAGGGUUGGCGGCGAAGGUGAUGGAGCAGACGUGGAGCAUGGCGGAUGUGCGCUCUUCCUUCACUGACUUUGGCUUCGAGAUCCUGAAAAAGGUGGACGAUUCAGAUCCAAACUCGCAGGCAACGCGAGAGUGCAUUGGCAAGAUCAUCGCCUCUUGCAGAACAGAGGGGAGGCUUGUAAGGGGACGCCUGUCAGUCUGUGACAAUGCCAAGUGGCGGUACCUAUUUUAUUUAUUCCUUAUUGUUACGCUGAUCUUCUAUGUGGUUUCAUACUUGAGUGAUGCCUUCUCAUCAUAG